GUCACACGUAAAGUCAUGUGACGGCACGUGACGUCACAACAAAUUUACACUGACGGGUCGGUAUCAAAGUGAUUUUUCUUCGUACUUGCAACGACGUCGCAGGCCAAAAUUUUGCGUGUGUGUCGCUCAGUAUUAAUUAAAACGGAAAAAUUCUCGAAAUUUGCUGUGCAUUUUUCUAGGUAGAGGCAAGCGCGUAUAGAAAAAAAAUUCAUUCCGCAAAAUGAACGCCCAACAAGCAAAACGGGAGCAGGUCCUUGCUGUUACUCGGGAUUUUAUCUCCCAGCCACGUUUGACCUACAAGACGGUAUCUGGUGUGAACGGUCCUUUGGUCAUUCUCGAUGAGGUCAAGUUUCCCAAAUUCGCUGAGAUCGUUCAGCUGCGUCUGGCCGAUGGAACCGUGCGUUCCGGUCAAGUUCUGGAGGUGAGCGGCUCCAAGGCCGUCGUCCAGGUGUUUGAGGGCACCUCUGGCAUUGAUGCGAAGAACACGCUCUGCGAGUUCACCGGUGAUAUUCUGCGCACACCUGUGUCCGAGGAUAUGUUGGGCCGUGUGUUCAACGGCUCUGGCAAGCCCAUCGAUAAGGGACCUCCAAUUUUGGCUGAGGACUACUUGGACAUUCAGGGUCAGCCCAUUAAUCCUUGGUCGCGUAUCUAUCCCGAGGAAAUGAUCCAAACUGGUAUCUCUGCCAUUGAUGUGAUGAACUCGAUUGCUCGUGGCCAGAAGAUUCCCAUCUUUUCGGCUGCUGGUCUGCCACACAACGAAAUUGCUGCCCAGAUCUGUCGUCAAGCCGGUCUAGUCAAGCUGCCUGGCAAAUCUGUCCUGGAUGAUCAUACCGAUAACUUUGCCAUUGUGUUCGCUGCUAUGGGUGUGAAUAUGGAGACUGCACGUUUCUUCAAGCAAGAUUUCGAGGAGAACGGUUCCAUGGAGAACGUGUGCCUGUUCUUGAACUUGGCCAACGAUCCAACCAUUGAGCGUAUCAUUACCCCACGUUUGGCCCUGACCGCUGCCGAGUUUUUGGCCUACCAAUGUGAGAAGCACGUCCUGGUCAUCUUGACAGACAUGUCCUCCUAUGCUGAGGCCUUGCGUGAGGUGUCCGCUGCCCGUGAGGAGGUGCCCGGCCGUCGUGGUUUCCCCGGUUACAUGUACACCGAUUUGGCCACCAUUUAUGAGCGUGCUGGUCGUGUUGAGGGCCGCAAUGGAUCAAUUACUCAGAUUCCUAUUCUGACUAUGCCUAACGAUGAUAUUACCCAUCCAAUUCCCGAUUUGACUGGUUAUAUUACUGAGGGCCAGAUCUACGUCGAUCGUCAGCUGCAUAACAGACAGAUCUAUCCACCAGUCAACGUGCUGCCUUCUCUGUCACGUCUGAUGAAGUCUGCCAUCGGUGAGGGCAUGACACGCAAGGAUCACUCUGAUGUGUCCAAUCAGUUGUACGCUUGCUACGCCAUCGGCAAGGAUGUCCAGGCCAUGAAGGCUGUGGUCGGUGAGGAAGCUUUGACACCCGAUGAUUUGCUGUACUUGGAAUUCUUGACCAAGUUCGAGAAGAACUUCAUCUCGCAGGGCAACUACGAGAACCGCACUGUCUUCGAAUCCUUGGACAUUGGCUGGCAGCUGCUGCGUAUCUUCCCCAAGGAGAUGCUUAAGCGUAUUCCAGCCUCCAUUUUGGCUGAAUUCUAUCCUAGGGACUCGCGCCAUUAGAUUCUGUUUAAAAUUGUUUUGUUUUUGAUUUAUGUCCAAAAUUUUGUUUCAUUCAUAAUUUAAGCUGGUGGCGCAGCGUGCGGCGCGCCUCCUUCUGCAAUAAUCCGCUGUGUAUGCGUCUAUAUAUACACGCAGAUAAUAUAUAUAUACACACAUAAACUACAAUACAUACCCACAAAGGAGAUAUUAAUAAUAUCUAUGUUUAAAGUAUAAUUAUUUGAUUUGAUUUGUGUAUACAUAGAGAGCCGAAGCGCAGCCUAAACAAUAACUAGUUAAAUAUUAUCUAAUCACUAUCUUAAUGUGUGUGUUUUUAGUAAACAAAAUUAUCAACUAUGCUAAAAUGUACAUAAAUUCAAUUAAUUGUCCCCAACACACAAAACAAAACGAACCCAAGCAUUAUCCUUUCAAUUUUAUUGCCGAACCGUCAAUCACUUGUUAAAGUUAUAAUUUUUUGUUAGGUUUUAAGUGUGUGUGCUUCGUAAUUGUAUUGUUUAUUAUUUCUCGGUUCCAAUAUACAAACAUUUCUUUUCGCAUACAGAAUCAUAGCAUUCCAAACCCAAAUUAAAAAAAAUUCACAAUUAUUGUGUUAUUUCAGCUAUUUCUUUUGCUUGUUUUGUUCAAUAUUAGACGUUAGAUCAGUUCGCACAAGUAUUAAACACGUUCUCUUUUCUGUACCCGACCUUGUCCCGUCCCCCCUCUACGACCAUGUUCCUACCCCUCUCCCAAUCUCUAUACCCUAUUGUUGUGUGUUCCCUGCACCGAACUAUGUGAACAAUUUGUACAGCAAUUUAACUCAAAAUAAAAUGAAAAAUAUUCUUAACAAUGAAAUCUUAA